ACCUGGGCUGGGGUGUUGCGCAUUCUGCAAAGAGUGGCUACCCGCAGCACCGGCUCCAGCGCAAUCCCACCCACGUCCCGGACCCCUGGCCCGCUCGAUCCUCCGCGGGAGCCCCCUGUGUGGGGGAGUUUCCCCCUGCAGAGCCCAGUGAACAAAGGUCGCAGCCUGGCUCUUCAACUCACGAAUCCCUACCCUGACAUGAUGGCCACUGGCACCACUGCCUACAGCCCGAUGUACCGGGUCUUGAUCCGGGUGUCUGAGACCUACCCCAGAAUGGAGAGGAAACUGCAAAAGUAUUUCCAAAACUCAUGGAAGUCUGGGGGAGGCAAGUGCAAGGUCAAAUUUGGUCCCACAGAAGAUACUUUCUGGGUAGAGUUUUAUAAAAGACAAGCCAAAGAUGGUGUAAUAGCAAAGAGGGAUCACUCUUUGGCAGUCAGUGAUAUGUUAGAGGUGAAAAUCUUCAUAGAAGCAAGUGAAGGCCCAGAAGAGAACAACACUUUGGAAGCAAGCCAGCUUUCCUCUCAGACUAAGUCACUCUCAAAGGAAUUUCCAGAUGAGAAGCACCCAGAUGAAGGAGGUACUCCUAGCUCCUCUAAGUCUUUCAUUCAAAAGAUAUUUCUCCAUGUGGAGGCCCAACUGAACUUCAAGCUUUCCAAAGAGCUAAGGGAGACAAUUAUUAAUCUCUGCCCAAAUCUUAAAAUAAAAGAAGACCACAAUGGACCAGAGAAAGUGAUUGGUGACUAUGAAGAUAUUGAAAAAAUUUAUCUAUUCUUAAGUGAGAAGAUACUGGGAAAUGUCCGGAAAGAGGAUUUUCCCACCUCAGUUUCUGCAAGAGAAAUUGAGCACAUUAUGCCAAAUGACUACAACAGUUCUAUUCUUCACUCAAAUACAGAUCAAGGAACAGAAGAAGAGGCAGACCUUAUCUCAAUUCCUUCACAUCUGUAUGAAUAUUUCAAAUAUUUCUUUGCUGAAACUCUGGACAGAAUAGAAAGUGAGCAUCAAGUACGUAUCAAAAGUACCCUGGCAUAUCCUACUGGCAAUGUUUUUAUAGAGUUUGAGACAAGAAAGUCAUCUGAUAGGAUAGCAGCUCAAGAAGCUUUUACCAGAGCAUUUCAGAGGGAAAUAGAGAAUGUGAGCCGUCAGGAUGUUUAUUUCACAGAUAAUCAGCUGGCACUUGAUGUCCAAAAAACACUGACUGAUAUGUUUCAAAACCUCCAUAUUAAAGCUGAAGGAAAAGUCUUAAUGCUCUGGGGAAAUCCACAGGAUAUUUCAGGAGCUCAACAUUUCAUCGAAUCAAACUUCUCCCGCAAAGAACCUGUGGAAAUGAUGGUUUCCCAAAACAUGAUGCAGAAUCAAUUUGAGAUUGACACUGCUCACUUGCGUCUUCUGUACCAAGAAAUCAGAGAAAUAGAGAAAAAAUAUCACACUGUGGUGGAAUUGUUGCACAAUCCCCAAACUGAGAAAACCCUCAUUGUGUUUAAACCAAAAGACAAAGGCUUAGACCUUUCUACACAUGCUUGUGAAGUUUUCAUUGACAUCUUUCAGAUGCUCAUACCUCAGAUUGCCAAAGAGGUAGUGAUCCUGAAAUCAUUAGACCAAGAGAAAAAGUUGUGGCCAGAAAAGACCUUCUUUGAGGACUUUGACAGAAAGCACCCCUGUGUAAACUUGGAGUGGAAUGGACAAGAACUGACACUGACUGGUUUGCCCAAGUACCUUGAAGAAGCAAUGAAAUAUGUCAAGAGAUAUUUUAAUAUUGAAGAUACUGCUCAGCAGAGACAAGGGCCAGCUCUCUCCUUUGGAGCAAAUUGGAAUAGAGAGUCCAGAUCACCCUUGGACAAAUACGGUGAUGGCUUCAAUUUGACUUUACCUCCCUUCAAUGGAUUGCCUACUAGUGGGGACAUAAGAAAAGAGGAGGAGAAAGAAGAGGAGGAAGAAGAGGAGGAGGAGGAGGAAGAAGAGGAGGAGGAAGAGGAGGAAGAAGAGGAGGAGGAAGAGGAGGAGGAGGAGGAGGAGGAGGAGGAGGAAGAGGAGUGUGUCAUCUGUAUGGAAGUCAUUCGCCAGAAAGAAGUCCUCACAAAGUGCAAGCAUGGGUUCUGUAGUUCCUGUAUCAGAGAGGCCAUGAAACAUAAGCCAGUGUGCCCUGUAUGCCAGACUUCCUAUGGCGUCAUGAAAGGGAAUCAGCCAGAUGGAACGAUGACGACCUCUUACAGAACCUCUUCACUUCCUGGUUAUAAUUCCUAUGGCACCAUUGUGAUUCAUUACGACAUGCGGGGAGGCAUACAGACAGAAGAGCAUCCCAACCCAGGAAAACGCUUUGAAGGAACAAGGCGGGUGGCGUACUUGCCAAAUAAUGAAGAAGGACGCCAGGUCUUGCACCUCCUCAGAAGAGCUUUUGACCAAAGGCUGAUUUUCACCAUAGGACAGUCCCGGACCUCAGGAGUCAAGGAUGUGAUCACUUGGAAUGAUAUUCACCACAAAACUCUGCAGUUUGGCGGGCCAGAAAACUUUGGUUACCCUGAUCCCAAUUAUCUGCCACGAGUCAAGAUGGAGCUGAAGGCAAAAGGAAUUGAGUAAGAGUGCUGACUUCAAGGAUGCCUUGAGAGCUGGGCUUGCAAGAGCUGCAGCUGUGGACAGUAAUCAAAGCAACCAUUAAAGUAUUUGUGUAUCUAGGCACCAUUUAGAGAAAUAUAAAAGAAUUUGAGAAGAAACUGAGUUGUUUAAGACUGAACGGGAUAAACUGCUAUCUGCUAACAUGUCUAAUUUCUUGGAGUGUUUUACUUUCUAUUCAACAAAACCCAAAGUGUAUCUCUCCGUGCUUUCCUGCCUGUUUCCAUUUUUCUAUCACCAGGGAUACUGUAGUUAAGGAUUCUUCCAUUGUACCACUUACACAAGGUGAUGACUUACCCUCAGAUCCAUUCACAUUAUUUGUGGUUAGCUGUUUGUGGCCUCAGAACUCACCAGAGCUAGCUCUCUGCUAGCUGGUAUGGUAGCCAGGAACAUUGAAAAGAUUGUAACUCAUCUUCAAGAAGAUCAUUAUCUUCAAAUACUUACAAGAUUAUUCUUCACAUCAGAAACUAUCCAUCCUUAGGGCUCUGUCAAAUUUACUAUGAAUUGAAGAGUAGGGGAAAUAUUUCUGUCUUUAAUCAAUUUCAGCAACGUCCAAUAAUCUUCAAAAACAGAUCAAAAAGCCUCUGUUUGUCAUUCAGAGCCCUUCAUGACCUUGUCCCUCCUUCACUCCCACACUAUGUACUCUGUGAUUCAGUGAUUGUGGCCUCCUUGAUAUUCCCUGUACAAGAAACUCCAUCUCUCUGGAUUGUGGAUUUUCAUUGUAUAUUCCUCAUGCCUGGAAUUCUUUCUCUCUUCAUUUCCACUUACUGACUUCCCUGACUUCUUUCAAGUCCUUCCUAAAAUACCACCUUUUACAUGAAGCUUUUCCCAAACCCUCUUGUUACUAGUACUUUUCCUUUGUGGAUUAUCUCCAAUUUAUCUUGGAUGUAACUUGUUUGUAAAAAGUUGUUUGCAUAUUGUACUUCCUAUUAGAUUUUGAGCUACUUGAGAGCAGAGAUGGUCUUUUACCUUCUUUUGUAUCCCCAGCACUUAGCACAGGGCCUAGAAUAUAGUAGGUACUUAAUACUUGUUGACUAACUGAUUGACUACGAGCAGGCUCAUUAACCCAGCUGAGAAUGAGAGUUUGGAGAUUAGUAGGCAACUGGCAUUGGCUUGUGUGCUGCCCUGAUUCUCUGAAAUCUUAGCUCACCUUUUGGUGUGCGCCUACUGGAAAUCCCUCUGACUAGUAUUAGUGCAAUCACAUUCAUAUCCAAAUAUUUUCUGACUUUGAACCUCCACAAAAUUGUCUGCUCAAUUGCCCCCUCAAAAGUCUAGUUGUGGGGCAGCUAGAUGGUGCAGUGGAUAGAGCACUGGCCCUGGAAUCAGAAGGACCUAAGUUCAAAUCCAGCCUCAGACACUUAACACUUACUAGCUGUGUGACUCUGGGCAAGUCACUUAACCCCAAUUGCCUCACUAAAAAAAAAAAAAGAAAGAAAGAAAAGUCUAGUUGUAGGGUAACAGAUGAAAUUCCCAUUCCUCUUUGAAUGAGUCCACCUUUUCUAUUUGCUACAACUAAGCAGAGAUAUUCAUUGGGAACUUACAUACUUGAUGCUGUGGUAUUGCUUGGAAAAUGAAAGAUAACUCGAUACAGGAGAGGUUCCUUUCCCAAUUACCAAUAACUUACUGGUGACAAUGCAACACCUUAUUGCCCCAGGACAGAAGGUUAAGUAAUGUAGCUCAAAUGAUCUUCAGUUGAUUCUUCUCUAAAUCAUUAAAUUAUCUGGUUCUCAGUGCUUAUGUUAGUGGAUUAAUGUGUUCAUGGCCAUGUCAGAUGCUUCUAUUAAAGUGAAAAGUGUGUAAUGAUCAGAAAAAAUAGUUAUGAUCUGUAAAGUAUUUCUUAAUUAUUUCUGUGUUUUUUUAUUUAUUUGCAAUUUCUCUGUGCCCUAAAUUGACAUGGUCAAUUUUUGUAAAAGUUAUAUGUGCUACUGUGAAAUGUGCAUAUUCUUUUGCAGUGCCAUCUUCUGCACAAGACGGCAGAAGUCUUUCUAGUUUCUCCAGUAAUUUGUUCAGUUCCUUAUUUUUCUUUUUGUUUAUAUUCCUAUUAAAAUCAUU